GUGUAAAAUUUCUUUCUAUAAAUGCCAUUUCUAAGACUUUCUCGAGAUAUCAUAACCUUUUCUUCAUUAAAGCUAUAUUGUCGAUUAUGGAGGACUCCAAGCAACAAUAUCACGUGGUUAUAUUCCCUUUCAUGUCCAAAGGCCACACCAUCCCACUCCUACACUUGGCCCACCUUCUCCUCCGCCGUGGCAUCGCCGUUACUGUCUUUACUACUCCGGCCAACCAUCCUUUCACUGCUAAAUUUCUUUCCAAUACCACUGCCUCUAUUAUUGAUAUUCCUUUCCCUGAAAACGUGCCUGAAAUUCCUUCAGGCAUCGAAAGCACAGACAAACUACCCUCCAUAUCAGUGUUUCAUCAGUUUGCUCUUGCCACUGAACGCAUGCAGCCGGACUUUGAACGGGCACUAGAAAGUUUCCCGGUCGUCAACUUCAUGGUGUUUGAUGGCUUUCUCUGGUGGGUUGCAGAUUCUGCUGCGAAGUUUGGUAUUCAAAGGUUGUUCUUUCUUGGUAUGUCCAAUUACGCCUCUUGCGUGUCUAGAGCAGUGGCAGAGAGUAAGGUCUUGUUUGGGCCUCAGUUAGAUGACGAGUUAAUCAAUGUGAGUAAGUUUCCAUGGAUUAACGUCACAAAAAAUGAUUUUGAGUCACCGUUCAGAGACCCUGAACCAAAAGGUCCCCCAUUUGAGCUCCUGCUGAAGUCAAUGAUAGCAGCAUCAAUAAGUAACGGCUUUAUAUCCAAUAGCUUCUACGAACUGGAGCCUGUUUUCGUCGAUUACUUGAACAACCGCAGUAAGCAAAAGACUUGGUGUGUUGGGCCCUUGUGCCUAGCCAGUACACCAAGAGUUGAAACUGAACUCCUCAACGAACCGAGUUGGAUUCAGUGGCUUGAUCAAAAGCUAAAGCAAGGAAGCUCAGUCUUAUACGUAGCUUUUGGGUCUCAGGCGGAGAUAUCAGCAGAGCAGCUCAAGGAGAUAACAAUUGCGUUGGAAGAAUCCAGAGUAAACUUCUUGUGGGUUAUAAGGAAACAAGAAUCAGAAUUGGGAGAAGGGUUUGAAGAGAGGGUGAAGGAAAGAGGAAUUGUAGUGAGAGAAUGGGUGGACCAAAUGGAGAUAUUGAUGCACCCAAGUAUACAAGGGUUCUUGAGCCACUGUGGAUGGAACUCGGUGUUAGAGAGCAUAUGUGCAGGAGUGCCAAUUCUUGCAUGGCCCAUGAUGGCGGAGCAGCACAUAAACGCGAGAAUGGUGAGGGAGGAGAUAAAAAUAGGUUUAAGAGUAGAAACCUGUAAUGGGUCAGUGAGAGGGUUCGUGAAAUGGGAAGGUUUAGAGAAGAUGGUGAAGGAGUUGAUGGAAGGAGAGAUGGGGAAGAAGGUAAGAAACAAGGUGAGUGAAUUUGCAGAGAUGGCUAAGAAAGCUAUGAAGGAAGGGACAGGCUCAUCCUGGCGCACGUUAGACAUGCUCCUUGAGGAGUUUUGUCGUGCAAAGAUGACCUGAAUGAAAGAAAACUCUUCCAGACUCUGUUUAAUUAUAUGCAUCCAAAACAAAAUGAUAUGAAAGAUUAAAUUAGGUUUGAUUUACAUGUGUAUGCAGUUGAUAUAUAGCUGGUUUGUGUCUUCAAAUCACCAAAAACUGGACACCCCUUCCCUUUUAAUGAAUACACUUUUUCUUCCUCA